AUGAUUUUCUUCUCUGAAACGUAUUGCGUAUUUCGUUGUCGUCUCAAUGUUCCAAAAUAUUGUUUGACCGCGUUCGAGAAAUUGUUCGAGCAAAAGUUUUUGUGAAUUAGCUUAGAAACACGGCCAUGGUGCGAUCAAGCAGUCAGUUUGCAUCUCACGACGGACGAGGAAGCAGCUUGGUCGUCACGCGAUUGGUCUUUCCGCCCUGUUCGAGUCAUUGUCGGCGAAAUCGGUGAGUACUUUCUGCAUGCCACGCAAUUUUCAUGCCUUUGUUCUCUUUGUGUCAAUCGAUUCGGUCCGUUUCCGACCUGGAAGCCGAUUUGUGAACGUAGCGACGGGAAAUUAGAAAAGAAAGAGAAUACAAAAGAAGUAAGACGAACCGAGAUCUUGAUAAGGAAAUUCCAUCUUUUUGAUGUACCAAAUGUUCUGUUCAUUUUAGAUCAAUUCUUCUCCUUCCACAGAAAAUAUAUUUCCAUGUUUCCAUUCUACGAAAAUAUUCUCGAUCUUCAGAACAAUCGAAUGGUUCUGAUUUUCCUAAGGUGGUACCAUACUUCCAGUCAGGCCAUACUCGAAACUUCUGUUCACAAAGACGCUUGGCAUCGUGGUAGCCAGGUCGGCAAGAAAAAAGCCAGAUGUUGGGAACGUCGUGGGUCGAAUAUUGCGACGGAUUUUGGUGGCCAUAAAUUGCUCCAGUUUCGAAGGAAAGCACACCACGACACGUGUGUACUCUGGUACUGGAACAAUGCCGGUUCUUCUUUGCUCCGGAAAACAGACCUGCGAACGUUUCCGCCAUUCCGUUCUCGAAAGAUUCGUGAAAUGCGUUUCGCAUAACGGCAAAACGAAAGAAAGAAGAAAACGGGAAAACGCGUCUUCAUGUCAAGUCGUUCUCUAUGGAUCCUCGAAGUAGAGACGUAUCAGAGUAUGCAGUAAUAAGAUUUAUAAUCUACGUGAAGUAGAAUAAGAUUUAUAAUUUCUGUAAAGUAGAGAGGUAUCAAUCUGUUAACUAGGAAAGAUGAGAACUCGUCAUUUAGAUUGGCUGUUUCUUAGAUUCUUCAAAGAUUUUUACUUGUUUAGAGAUUCACCUGGAAAUUGGAUAUUAAUUAUUAUUUCAAGAUUUCAUUUAUGAAUCGCUCCAUUUUCCUUGGAAAUAAAUCACAUUACAGUUUGCAACGAUUAGAACAAACAGCGUGAAAUGCUGAUUCGUCUUUAUUUAGAAAUUUAUUUGGAGAUUUAGCUGUGUUUCAGUUGACGAUGAUUAAAACAUAAUUGCGAAAGCUAGUUUGACUUUAUUAAAUUUUAGCUUCGUGACUGCAAUUAACUGAUUAAGAAUUUAAUUAUUAGAUACAUCUCUACUUUGUGCAUUCGAUAUAUAUUUUAAAAGGAAUGCUCUGUAUCAGAAGUUUUUCUCAGAAUUUUAUGUUCAGCUUGCACUAUCUUUAAUAUAAUCAUAUUUAAAUUAUUGUUAUUACGAAGAAAAUUAAGUGGAUUCACGGUUAGAAAUCGAUAGUUAGCGCACGCGAUUUCAUUUCGAGCCGGGGAAUACGUGAAGCGAGAAACGGCAUUUGGCGGCGCGAAAUUUUCAGAUCGGCCGGCUCGAUCUCGUGCAGAUUGAAUAUCUACAGGUAAAUUGAAGCUACGAUGGAUGAUAGGGUGCGAGAAGCUUAAGCGUUCGUUUAAAUUAAUUCGCCUGGUUGUUAGAGCCUAAAGCGCGGCGUUAGUUAUUAGGCUAGUGUUAAUUAUUAGAUGAAAUGAAGCAAACUGUGUAUUGUGUGAAUAUGUGGCUCGCACUGUUCGUUAUGGUAUGUUCCGGCCAUCUCGAAUAAAUAUCUCAUUCCAUCAAGUAUGCAUGUAAUUUGUUACGCGAAACGAUACGCGUGACUUGUACGCGACGCAUAAAUUUCAACGCAGGUGCACGGCUUUUUCUUUUUUUUUCUUUUACCAUAUAGUGACUUAUUACGCGUAUCACAUUUUUGCUUAUUUCUCUCGGUAUCGCAUCGAACUAUCGUCGAGUUGUCUCACUGAUAAUUUAAUAUUUGAUGCAUAUUUAUAUUUUAAGGAAAUCUGGUUUAAAUUUCGAUUUUUAUAAUAUAAUUUAUUGCAUAAAUCACGGGAGAAAUUAAUUUCCACGAGGACGUUCAUACGUUGUAGAAAUGAAAUUGUAAUACAAUCGUGAAACGCUCUUAGCUUUUAGUAUCCAGCUAAAUGACACUACUUAUUUAACUAUUUUAUUUGUUAAAAGCUGUUACACUUUUUACACGUAGGAAUUUCGAUUUUUGUACUAAUUUAUUGUACACGCCAGGAGAGAAAUUAAUGUCUGGAGGACGUCUUUAUCAAAUCACCGAAACGUUAUAGAAAUGAAAAUAUAAUACAAUUACGAUACAUCUUUGGUUUUUUUUUUUCAGUAGACGUUGCCGGUGCUUAUUAA